GCUGGAGCCUCUUGGCACCUUUCAUCAUCAUCAAAGUUCCUUGUCAUGAAAUGAAAAACAAACAACCAACUCAUUGUUAUACCCUUGUUCUCUCCCCCUUUUGGAACAACGCCGCACUGCUUAGUCUUCGUCCGACUGUUUGCCACGCAAGACAAGGGAGGUCUUUCUAAACAGGUUUUCCAACGCGCGAGUGCGAGUGAUCGGGCAGACUUCUUUUCGACUCCCCUUCCUUAUCUUUUCCUCUGGGCCGGACUUCGACUGCGCGAGUUCUACGCCAUGACUACGGUAGUUGCUGUUGGUACUCCCCUUGCGGAGGCCUUGAGUAAUGUCAUCCAGCCGAAGCUGGUAGAGAUGGGAUGGAGCUCCGACGGCGGCGAUGAUUCAGCGUUGACCGAAUACGUGAUUCUUAUGCUUGUCAACGGCAAGACACAAGAACAGAUUGCUGGCGAACUCUCCAAUGAUCUCCUCGGACUCGGCGAAGGCGAUACACAGGCCCUGGACUUUUCGAGAUGGCUCUUCGAACAGGUCGAGUUCCUCAACCAACAGAUCAACGGCGGGGGUAUUCAACAAUCAAUUGAAACCGACUCUGCGCAGGCCAUUCCAUCCUUCAACGACCAAGACGCCACCAAUAACCAAGCGAUGGUGACGGGAGAUGGCGCUAUGGAUGCCGAUAUGAGCAUGGGCGAUACCGGAGCUGCAAAUGAUACGAUACCGACAGGACCGAAAGCCAUGCGCAACAACAGACCAGGCGGGAGGGGUAGGAUGCUUAACCAGAUCAAUCGUCAACUAGACCGCGGCGAUUCUGCGUUACACCGCGUUCGUGGCCAGCCCGGUAGUGGACGUAUUAACUCUCAUGGCCGUGAUCAUACGAAGGGUCGCUUCAAUCAGCAUGGCGGAGGAAGGAUGUCAGGCGGUCGUCCGAUGGGUGGCAUGGGUAUGGGUAUGGGACCAAAUCAAAUGCCGGGUGGCCCAGGCAACAUGAUGAACAUGACCCCGCAAGAUCAGAUGCAUCUCAUGUCUCUACUCGAAGAGCAAGCAAGGAUGAUGUCCCAGUUUAUGCCCGGCUUUGUAUCUCCAGCGAUCAACCCAGCUUUCCAACAGAACGGACCGCAACAGGGCCGUUCAUUGUUUGACCGCGUGGAACGCCAGCAGGGACGCCGCCAUUUUAACAAGCGAGACGACAAGAAUGUCGAUACCGAUAUGGACACAAAGCCCGACCAGGGUGGUGAGCAGGAUGAAAGCAACACGGACUCGAUAUGUCGCUUCAAUCUGCGGUGUACCCGGAGAGAUUGCCCAUUUGCGCAUCAGUCACCAGCUGCCCCCGAGGGCACUCCCGUCGAUGUGUCUGACCCAUGUACCUAUGGAGCCGCUUGUAAAAACAGGAAGUGCACCGGUCGCCAUCCGUCACCCGCCGUUAAGUCAGCGCAUCAAGCCGAAGAGAUGUGCAAGUUCUUCCCUCAUUGUGCGAAUCCCCACUGCCACUUCAAGCAUCCCUCGAUGCCACUAUGCCGGAAUGGUGCAGAUUGCUCGACUGAAGGGUGCAAGUUCACGCAUGUCCAGACGCCUUGCAAGUUUAAUCCUUGUCUCAACCCUUCGUGCCCGUACAAACACGCCGAGGGCCAGAAAGGAGCGUUUGCGGAUAAGGUGUGGACUGCUGACGGACAAGAGAAGGCGCAUGUGAGCGAGAGGAAAUUCGUUUCCAAUGAGGACGGUGCAGAGGAACUGAUUAAACCCGGUGGCGCCGAAGAGCCGUCCCAAACCAACCAAGAGAUUGCGACAUAACUGAAAGAGCGAUCUCUAUGAUUCCUUUUGAUGACCUCUCAGUUAAAAUUCCCCAUGUGGUUUAAUAUCAUAUCAUGUAUUAUUUUCCGUGCGGACGAUGGGUGACUGGUGGCAAGGGCGUUUGCUUGAAUUUAUCUAUAGGACUGGCAGAAAGAAUAUCAAACUGGCUUUGUAAAUAGAUCUGGAUAUCAUAUUAUGAAAUCUUCGACGCCAUUGCAUGGCGCUGUCUUCGUUUCCCA